UAAAAUCAAAGAUAUGUCUCUGCAGAAGAAAAGUGAAAAUCCAAGUGUGCUUUUCUCUAUGCUUAACUCCACAACACCAUCAUGACGCUUGUUUUGAUAAUUUGCUUUUAUUUGAAACAACAAAGUGCAAGAACUUAUUCGAUUAUUCAAGCUAAGCCUAAUUCUAAGACGAUGGCGCCAGGAUAACAUUCAGUUGUUUUCAUCGUUAAGUGUCUUUGCAAAAGUCCAAAAUCAAGAGCUUAAACUAGGAAACUUUCAAACUGGUUAUGCAACAUUAUAGCCUAAAUAGUAAAACUAGUUAUUAGAACUAUAAAAUGGCUAUUUAUGUUGAGAAAAAGUUUUUAGAGAGCUUAAAAAAAGAUCCAGAAGAUAGAAAUAAUGAUGAUCAUCACAUUAUCUAUUCCUAUCUGCAUGGAUUAGAAGCAUUGUCUUCCCUAAGAGAAGCAUCACUUCGUACGAUAUGUAAAUCAGUGCGCUACGAAGCAUUUGAAGCGAAUGAUAUUUUAUACUGUCGAGGUGAAUUGAGUACGUGCUGGUUUAUUCUACUUUCCGGUUCCGUUUUCAUUGAUGGUUCUAUGUAUCUUCCAAGAAGCAGUUUCGGAAAACGGUCUGGGGGAAGUGGGAGAAGAGUCAACGAAUGUUUGAUUCUGGAACCUUCAGAAAUGAUUGUGAUUGACUAUCCAGAUGUGCAGUUAAUGCGACCUGGUCAAAGGCAGUCAUGUACAACUAUGAAUCUAGAAAAAUUGUUGGCUUUAGAACAAGAGGAAGUAACAAUCGCUCUAGACACAAGGCAGAGAUUUUAUUCUGAAGGUGGUGAUGACAACUAUAGACAUCACAGAUUACAGCUUCCUCUGGAGUUCCCCUCCAUACUCCACCGCGGGGAAGCUCUCCUCAAAAGUUCCAACAGAAACUCCCACAGCAGUGAUUCCUCUUCAGCCUAUUCAGGAUCUGAUACCAUGCAGUCUGUGCAGUCCUCUUUGGAGGAUCAGGAGGUGGAUUUAUCUGGACUUAUUGAAAGCAUUGUUGAUUCUGAUGAAGAGGAGGACCUAGCAGAAUCUCUUAAUAGUCUCACUGUGAGGGAUACUGUCAGGGAAUGUCUUGAAAAAGAUCCCUGCGAAAGAACCGAGGAUGAUAUUGAAGUUUUGCUAGAAUUUAUGCAGCAUUUACCGGCUUUUGCCAAUAUGACUUUAACCAUCAGACGUGCAUUAUGUGCAGUGAUGGUCUUUGCUGUAGUGGAAAAAGCUGGAACAAUUGUUAUGAAUGACGGCGAAGAACUGGAUUCUUGGUCUGUAAUUGUUAAUGGACAUGUUGAAGUGGAGCAAGCUGAUGGAAGAAUCGAAGAACUACAUCUUGGUGAUAGUUUUGGUAUAACUCCAACAACAGAGAAGAUGUAUCACCAAGGUGUAAUGCGAACAAAAGUUGAUGACUGCCAAUUUGUAUGCAUUGCACAAAAUGAUUAUUAUCGCAUCCUUCACCAAGGGGAGGAAAACACAAGAAAACAUGAAGAAGAUGGAGAAGUUGUUCUAGUCACUGAACAUCGUGUUUUGGAUGGCGGAAGCAGGAGAGGCCACAUUGUUAUUAGGGGAACAAUAGAACGGUUAAUGGCCCAUUUAGUUGAGGAUAAUGCCUUAGAUCCAAGUUAUGUGGAAGAUUUUCUACUUACAUAUCGUACAUUCAUCGAAAAUCCUCUUAGCAUCACUGAAAAUCUUUUGAGAUGGUUUGCAGAUCCUCAUUUAAGGGAUAAGGUAACUCGAGUAGUUCUGCUUUGGGUAAAUAACCAUUUCACAGAUUUUGAAACAGAUCCUGAAAUGAUGGAAUUUCUUGAAAUGUUUGAAUCUGGUUUGGAAAAAGAAAAAAUGCAAAGUCAGUUAAGACUGUUAAAUAUUGCUUGUGCUACUAAAGCACGGAAUAGGACAGUUACUUUGGCUAGGUCAACAAGAGAUGAAGUCUUACAUUUUCAUAUCCUUGGUGGUUAUGAAAGGGGUUUUGGAGUUUUUGUUUCUAAAGUUGACAAAGGAUCCAAGGCUGAAGAAGUUGGACUCAAAAGAGGGGACCAAAUUUUAGAAGUUAAUGGACAAAGCUUUGAACACAUGAGUCAUGCUCGAGCUUUAGAAGUUUUAAGGGGAACAACACAUUUAUGUAUUACUGUUAGGUCUAAUUUAUUAGGUUUUAAAGAAAUGUUAAAUACCCCUGAAAACUCUCCGCGUUCAAGAAGUCGCAAAGCAGCCGAAAUAGCGAGGUUACAACAUGAUCCUCAAGCCAGGUUAUCAACACACAUCGAUUUUGGUGAUAUCGGUUUCCCCAUUGGUGUCAGUGGAUACCCAUUGAGUAUUGUGCCCAUAUUCCAAACCCCUAGCUCACCCCCUAACAAAGCUGUGAGAUCCAGUAGCAAUAACAGUGGUGACUUAAAGAAAGAUGAUAAGAAAGGGUUUAUGACAUUAGGACACAGAGCUAAAUUGAAGAAAGCACUAGUAAAAAUGAUCAUACCAAAGACUCUUAAUCACGAAUCUCAACUCAACAGUUCCGAUGAUAGUCUUUAUUCAAUACACAGUGGCAGUAGUGGUGGAUCUGGGGGAAUAGUGGUUCGAACUUCAUCUCCUCAUAGGACUGCUGGUGGAACUUUGUACCACAGUCACAGCAAUCCUGACCUCUCAUCAGUUAUUGCCAUAAACGAACACACAGUCUCUUUAGACUACCCUGAACAUGUCCUGAAAGUCUAUAAAUCAGACCAGACCUUUAAGUUCCUCCUUGUUCAUAAAGAAACUACUGCCAGAGAAGUGGUUAUGCUAUCUCUGAGAGAAUUUGGCAUUACAGAUCCCAGUAGUAACUAUUCUUUACGAGAAGUAUCUGUUGGUGAUGGAGGUGUUGUGAAACAACGAAGACUGCCUGAUCAACUUCAAAAUUUAGCAGAAAGGAUCGGGCUUAAUAGUCGAUAUUAUCUUAAAAAUAACUCCUCCACAGAACCGCUUGUUCCUGACGAAUUAGCCACCGAACUUCUUCGAGAGAGUCAAGUGCACUUUUUACAAUUAAAUAGUGUAGAAGUAGCCACACAGUUAACCUUAGAAGAUUUUAGCACAUUUAGACAAAUUGAACCUACAGAAUAUAUUGAUGACCUGUUUGAAGUUACUUCAAAAUAUGGAAUUCCUCAACUUUCAAAAUUUGCUGAAUUGGUGAAUCAUGAGAUGUUUUGGGUAGUCACUGAAGUAUGUGCUGAGCAUCAACUCAUUAGAAGAAUGCGAAUUGUCAAGCAGUUUAUUAAAGUUGCAAGACAAUGUAAAAACUGUAAAAAUUUCAAUUCAAUGUUUGCUAUUCUGAGUGGCUUAGGACAUGGAGCUGUUUCAAGAUUGAGAACAACAUGGGAGAAACUCCCCACCAAAUAUCAAAAAAUGUUCUCUGAUUUGCAAGAUUUAAUGGAUCCAUCUAGGAACAUGUGUAAAUACCGCAGUCUUCUGAAUAGUGAACACACUCAACCCCCUAUCAUUCCAUUUUAUCCUGUCGUUAAAAAAGAUCUGACAUUUAUUCAUUUGGGAAAUGACACUUUUGUAGAUAAUUUAGUAAAUUUCGAAAAAUUGCGUAUGAUUGCCAAAGAAAUCCGUCAACUGAUGAAUAUGUGCUCUGCUCCAUAUGAUUUAUUUAGCAUGUUGGAAAUUGGUGGUGCUCAUCCAACUGCAGCAAUGGCUUCUCUGAACAGUUUUGCAACAACUACAAAUGCUGCAACUGUUAAAAGAAGAAAGAAAAGUACUGCCCAACCUAAUCCCAAGAAAAUGUUUGAAGAGGCACAAAUGGUACGCAGAGUAAAAACUUAUCUCUCGAAUCUUAAAGUAAUAUCAGAUGAAGAGAAACUUCGAACAAUGUCGUUGGAAUGUGAACCUACUACAACAGCCAUGCCGAUGGUUAUUCCUACUGUUCCUCAAGUUCAACCACCAAGAAAAAGACAUCCAUCCCCUACUCUAUCUGCAACCAGCUCUACUAGCAGUACUUCUGAAGGGAAAAUUUCUCUCAAUGCUGGCCCUAAGUUUGGUGCUGACUCUCCUCAAGCUGUCCGAAAGUUGCUUGCCCUCUCGGAUCAGAGCAAAGUCCGUCCGCACCAACCCCCUCGUCACCAUCAUUCCCUGUCUCCGUCUCCAUCUCCGAAUGCUAUUAGGAGAAAACAUGAUGGGAGACAAGGUCACGGCCGCUCCCACAGUGAUACUGCAAAUCCGUCAGUGCUACCUGUUGAUCUAAGUGCUGAAAGUUCUAGUGUCACAGCUCUCAGUAAUCUUCCAUUAAGAAAGUCACAAACUUCUGGUUCUGUGACUUCAAGUGAUAGCAGUAGUACGAGCAGUUAUCAUCAUCAUACCCUUUAUGAGAUUGAUUCUGGACACGCCACAAGUUUAGAUAGUCACAGUAGUAGCUCUCUAGGGUCAUCCAAUUCCCCACCUCAACAAAGAAAUCAACGUACUGGGUCACAUUCCCCUCCAAUGUUGCGGAUGCGGUCCUUUCCCCAUAUGAGUGUCAUGCCAACUAUACCUGGAUCACAAGCCAUUCAACAUCCUACACAUGUCCUCCCACCUCCACCCCCUCCCAGAAAUGCUCCUCCUCCACCCUAUCCCAGAUCACAUCGACCACCAGACUACACAAUAGCAGCCCAAAUGGCCGCUAGAAGUCGACAGAUGGUCCUCGGAAGGGCACACAGUGUUGAAGGAUCCACAAGUUAUUACGGUGAUUGCACAGAUCCUGAUGACGACGAUGAUGAAACCCAAGUAUCGGCUGUGUGAAACAGAUGAAGAUUAUCAAAGCAAACAUUUUUACGGGUCAUGUGAAAGCAUCUCAUUUUCGGUAUUAAAGAAGCCAUCCUGAUAAAUCUUUCUCGUUGCAGUGUUGUCAACAAUAUAUCAAAACUCUAUUAGGAAGAUUAUCAAAUUUGAACCCAUGUCAAAACAUGUUACCAAAGAAGAAAGGACAUAUGUUUUAUAAAGUUGGUUACACGUAAAACCAGAUUUUAAUUUUAUUUCCAGGCGUGUCUACAGCCUGAAAGAACCCAUUUUAUACAUAAUUAAAUGUUGCAUGUUUAUAUAUUAAGUCUUGUACAUAGAACUCAUAGUGACUCAAGGUUUCAAAACUUGUAUAAUUUCGUUCAUUAAAAAAUACAUUGUCGACUAUUUUAUCAAAUUGUAAUUUAGUACAAAAAGAUUAUGUAAAUUCAAGUUUUUAACUUUGUACCAUCAGACCUCCUUUAUACAGCAUUAUUCAUUUCGCAUGUAAUUUAAUGGAUUAUUUUUUAAACAGCUUCUGUUGAAGUUCAUGCUAUUAUUCUAAAUGAGCAGUCUUUCAAAAUGUUUCAUUUCAUCACUCCAUUUCAAUCUCAUUUUGUUGUAAACUUUUUCCAGUAAAGUUAUUUCAGUUUUU